AUGGUCUACUUAACCUUGCAGAAAUCCCAGAAGGUCUUGGCAACCUCCCGGCAACUUCACAAAACUGCUGCUCACGGUUCAGAUGUAUUUCAUGGAGCUGCUGCAAGGGGUGAUUUUCUCCCCGUGAGUCAUGGUGAUGAUGACAUUCUCAGCUGUGUUUACAAGCGGUUUUUAGACUCCUGGGCUCUAGUGGUGGCCAGGAGCGCGCCAGAGGAGUCUGUGACCAGCAGCUUUGCCUCCUUCAUCCAUGCAGUUCGACCUGAGCACUUGUCCAACACUGUUUGUCACAGAAGCAAGAGGAUGAUCCUGGACAGCAUCGGGGUUGGCCUUGUGGGCAGCACCACGCCUGUCUUCGAUAUCGCUCUGCAGUACUGCCAGGAGCUCUACUCUCCAGUUGCUGUCAGCUCAGUCUAUGGCAAGCCAGGUGUGAAGCUGUCCCCAACCCUGGCUGCCUUCACCAAUGGAGUUGCGACUCACUCCAUGGACUUUGAUGAUACUUGGCACCCUGCUACUCACCCCUCAGGCGCUGUGCUGCCAGCUCUUCUGGCAGCUUCCCAGAUGUUACCUCCAGGCACCAAACCCAGUGGCAUGGAUUUCCUGCUGGCAUUUAACGUGGGCCUGGAAGUUCAAGGAAGGCUCAUGCAUUUCUCCACUGAGGCUCACGACAUCCCAAGAAGGUUCCACCCUCCCUCGGUGGUGGGUACCAUGGGCAGUGCCGCAGCCACUGCCAAGCUGCUGUCCCUCAGCACGGCGCAGUGCACCCACGCUCUGGGCAUCGCUGCGUCGCUCGCGGGGGCACCCAUGGCCAACGCUGCCACCCAGGCCAAGCCGCUGCACAUUGGCAACGCCACCCGCCUGGGCUUCGAGGCAGCUCUGCUGGCUGCCCGGGGCAUGGAGGCCAGCCCCUUGAUCCUGGAUGACAUCCCUGGCUGCUCCGGAUUCAGCGUCUUCUACGGUGUCUAUCAACCCAAGCUGCUCUCCACACCCAGCGAGCACCACGAGUUCCUCCUGGAGAAGCAGGAUAUUGCUUUCAAGAGGUUCCCAGCCCACCUGGGCAUGCACUGGGUGGUGGAUGCUGCCCUGUCUGUCCGGAACCUCUUCAUCAACUACGCAGGCUCCUUCUCUCCCUCUUUGAUCCGCACCAUCGUGCUGAAGAUCCCGGUGUCCAAGUACAUCAACCGGCCCUUCCCCAGCUCAGAGCACCAGGCCAGGCACUCCUUCCAGUUCAAUGCCUGUGCUGCCCUGCUGGAUGGCGAGGUGGGGCUCAGCUCCUUCGCAGAGACCAGCAUCCACCGGCAGGAGCUGAGGGAGCUGCUGGACAAAGUGGUGGUGGAGCACCCCGAAGACAACGUGGCCAACUUCGACAAGAUGUAUGGAGAGGUAGCGCUGCUCCUGCACAGCGGAGAUGUCCUGACAGGCAAAUGUGACACUUUCUAUGGCCACUGGAGGAAGCCCCUGAGCAAAGAAUCGCUCCUGAAGAAGUUUCGAUCCAAUGCCUCUCACGUGCUUCCGCAGGAAAAGGUAGAGACCAUCAUCACCAUGGUGGACAACCUGGAGACCCUGUCAGACAGUUCCCAGCUGGCCUGCAGCCUGUGA